AUGGCACAGUCGGAGUACGACUGGGCUCAGAUGGCAAACCAUAAGUUGGAUAUCUACGAAAGGGCUUUGCUAAAUUGGUGUGCUCGACCGGUUGCAGAAAAAUCGUCAAGCAGCUUUAAAAAUGCACUGAUACAGGCAUUUUCGUUGAUAACAACAAUUGGUUUUCAAGAUGCCGAUAUGCUCUCAACAGCAGGCAAAAUUUUUGCCAUAGUUUAUUCAAUUAUUGGCAUUCCAUUAAUACUGCUGUAUUUGGGUCAGUGUUCAAAAGCGUUGUCAGGUUUGGUUUCUGGAAACAAGAUUCUCACUGUAGCCGCAGUUGCAGUAUUUGUUACAGCAGUUAUUUAUGACAUCACUGAGGAUUCGGAUGAAGAUACUGUUAGCAGCAUUUAUUUUCUAUGUUUAACUUUGUUCUUAUCGCAUUACUGCCGUUUUAUUCAACCACAAUUCCGUAUUUCAGUAUCAGAUAACUGGGCUUGGUGCAGCGUAGCUGAACAAUAG